AUGCCUAUUGCGCCGAUAAUCACAUUCAAAGCUGGUCAAUGCGAGAUUGAUGACUCUUCAUCACGACCACUCAAGGUCAAACCUCAACCUCAACCAGGCUAUCUAUACUUGUAUUCCGAGGAUGAUCUGAUACAUUUCUGCUGGCGCAAACGCGAUCAAACGGUCGACAACCCGGAGCUUGACUUGGUCAUGGUCCCGGCCGACGGCAGCUUUGUUUCCUACGAAUACGACGCCGCCCACCCUACCUCAAAAACGAACGGUCGCAUGUUUGUUUUGAAGUUUGCAUCUUCAUCUCAGCGUUACCUGUUCUGGCUGCAGUCGAAACCCCAAGGCCGGGACGGGAAUCCCAGCUGGUUCAGCCCAAGGGACCGCAAGAUCGGUGAAAUAGUCAAUCAACUGCUUCAAGGGGAAGAAGUCAACGUUUCUGCGGAGCUUGCCUCUAUCAGAAAUGUUGAUGAUGGACGAGACGACGGGAACGACGAUGACGAACCCAUGGAAGAUGUUGAAGGUCAUCGAGACUCGCAUGCUCAUAGAGGGAGUGGUAGUGGCGGCGCUGGCCCUGAUGCUACCGGAGGCGAUGUAAGACAAGAAGGCGAAGAAGCAAGAGAAGGUGGUGCCGAUGGCGCCAGAGCGGCUUCCUUAUCAGCACCAGAUGCUGCUGCAGCAGUGAGGAACUUUUUGAAUUCGUUGAGAGACCAGCAGGGGCUUCAACGAGGACAACAACAACAACAUUCGGAUGUACCAUAUCCACAUCUCAGCCAUCUGCUCACUUCAACGAUGACAGUGCCAAUGAUCGACGGGGCAUCCUCAGAUUUCAUUGACACUCUCCUGAGCCUUUUGCCUCCUACCGUUAUUGUUCUAACUGCUGGUUUCCCCUCUGAUGAGGAAGGUCAAAAAGAACCAUCUGCAGGCACAGUCGAGAGAGCCAAGGCAUCGCUCUCACUGGACGAUAAACGAGGUUUGCUGAAAAAAGUGCUUCGAAGCCCACAGUUCAACCAAGCUCUGGGAGUCUUGACCAUGGCUCUUCGGGAUGGGGGAUUGCCAGGAGUUGCGGAUGCUUUGGGUGUACGAGUUGAAAAUGGUGGCUACAUGCCAGGUGGUCAGAUGCCUUUGGGGGGCGGGCAGGCUGUCAAGGCGUUUGUCGACGGUGUCAGAAAGACUGUCAAGGAAGAUGUGCAGUGA